CCUUCUCACUGUUACUCAGCUGAACUCACAUCUCCUGCCAACAUGUCCUACAGCUGCUGCUCUGGAAACUACUCUUCCUGCUCCUUUGGGGGAUACUUGCACUCCCCAAGGUCCUCCUGUGGCUCUUCCUAUCCUAACAACUUGUUCUGCAGCACUAACCUCUGCUCUCCCAGCACCUGUCAGCUGGACUCUUCCCCCUCCAGUGGCUGUCAGGACACCUGCCAUAAGCCCACCAGCUGCCAGACAUCUUGUGUGGCAUCCAGACCUUGCCAGACAUCCUGCUACCGCCAGAGGAUCUCCACGCUCUGCAGUCCUUGCCAGACGACUUGCUCUGGUUCUCUGAGUUUUGGGUCCAGCAGCUGCCGUUCCCUGGGCUAUGGAUCCAGAAGCUCCUAUUCACUGGGCUGUGAAUCCCAAGGCUUCAAACCCAUGAAUUAUGGAGUCUGUGGCUUCCCUUCUCUGGGCUAUGGAUCCAGAUUCUGCCACCCAACCUACUUGGCUUCUAGGAGCUGCCAGUCUUCUUCUUAUAGACCAACGUGUGGACCUGGCUUCUUUUGA